UGCAGUGAUAUUUCAUAUAUGGAUAACAUCCUGUACGGAGUAUAUGAUAAUUUGCCCCAGAGUCAAGAGUCCAAUUGAAGUGUGACCUACCACGUUGAUCAUUCUCAACAUCCCUGAACUGAAUUCAUACAUAUAAAUAGGCAAUAAUUUGAAAAUGUGGCCCAGAUUGUGGGUUUCAGCCAGACGUUCUGCUGUUCAAUUAAAUAUUGAAAAUGCAUUAAAGAUCUCUUUCCGACACUCAUCUAGCCAGGCCAAGCAGGUGGAAAUUUCCGAUGCCAAAUUAACUAAUUCCGUUUUUCAAACAGAAAAAUUCGACAAUAUUCGUAUAUACAAUGAACCAAUUCCGGAAUAUCUACCCGGUUCCAAUGAAAUUAAAAAUUUGGAGAAAGCACUUGAACAUUAUGAAAAUAAUUGUGAAGAUAUACCUAUUGUUAUAAACGGUAAAGAGAUAAGGGAAGGACAGGAGGCGUACCAAGUUAUGCCACACAAGAAAAAUCACAAGCUUGCUAAAUAUUAUUAUGCCAACAAUGCUACCAUAGAAGAAGCUAUACGUGUCUCAGUGCAGAAACAAAAGGAAUGGGAUAAAACUCCUCUUAAAAAGCGUAUUGAAAUUUGGGAGAGAGCUGCUGAUCUUAUGGCUAAAAAGUAUCGUGCUGAUUUGUUAGCUACUACCAUGUUGGGACAAUCAAAAACCGUAAUACAGGCUGAAAUAGAUGCUGGUGCUGAAUUGAUCGAUUUUAUCAGGAUGAAUGCCGGUUAUUUGAAAAAUUUGGCUAUGGAACAACCACUAAGUCCACAACCAGGAAUAACCAAAAACCAUUUACGUUUUCGGGGUUUGGAGGGAUUUGUUGCAGCAAUAACACCCUUUAAUUUCACAGCUAUUGGUGGUAAUUUAGCGUUUGCACCAGCGUUGAUGGGUUGUAGUGUGUUAUGGAAGCCGUCAGACACCGCUAUGCUUUCCAAUUGGACGGUGUUUAAAAUCAUGCGUGAAGCUGGUGUACCCGAUGGUGUAGUAAACUUCGUUCCAGCUAUUGGCAAGAAUUUCGGUGACACGAUUACUAAUUCCGCCGAUUUGGCUAGCAUCAAUUUUACUGGUUCCACAGCCACAUUCAAAACUCUCUGGAAGUUGGUGGGUAACAAAAUUGAUCAGUAUAAAAACUAUCCACGCUUAAUAGGUGAAUGUGGAGGCAAGAAUUUCCACUUUAUUCACCCAUCUGCGAAUGUGGAAACCGCAGUUGCGCAAACUAUUCGCUCUGCUUUUGAAUAUGGUGGACAGAAGUGUUCCGCUUGCUCUCGCCUAUAUGUACCAGAAUCACUUUGGGAGUCACAAUUUAAACGACCACUCAUAGAGAAGACUAAGAAUUUGAAAGUUGGCGAUGUUCGUGAACUUGACAGUUUCUACUCGGCGGUUAUUGAUGAAAACUCAUUUCAACGUAUUCUUGGGUUUAUUAAUGAGGCCAAAGAGGAUCCCGACUGCACAGUAUUGGCAGGUGGAAAUUUGUCCAAUUUGAAAGGCUACUUCGUGGAACCAACCAUUGUACAAGUGAAAGACCCACAUAAGCGUGUAAUACGAGAUGAAAUAUUUGGACCAGUAUUGUCAGUGUAUGUUUAUAAGGACAGCGAUUUGGAUAAGGCUCUAGAUUUGGUGAGAAAUACAACAAAAUAUGCGUUGACUGGCAGCGUUUUUGCCACAGAUGAAGCUUUUUUAAAACGAGCUUUAGAUGAGUUUAAAGAAGCCGCUGGCAACUUCUAUAUUAAUGAUAAAUCCACUGGUGCUGUCGUUGGACAACAACCCUUCGGUGGGGCACGUCAGUCCGGUACGAAUGAUAAAGCAGGGUGUCCAUUUUAUCUGAUGCGUUUCGCAUCAUUGCAAGCUGUAAAGGAGACAUUCGUAUCCCUACCCGAUAUAUACUAUCCUUAUAUGAACAAAACGAAAAACUAAAUAAAUCACGAUGAUAUUUCUCUUUAAAUGAAACUAAGCGAAUCUCGAAUGGCAGUUAAAAACUAAAACUAAAAAUGUUUACAUGUUUUGUGGUUAUAAAUCAUUUAUUUUAUUCCGAAUAUAUUAAAUCAAUUAAGCAAUUAUAAAUUACAAUUUAUUCAAUGUGUAUUAGAAUCUCUUUAACGAACAAUUAACGUACAUACUACAUAUACAUAUACUAGCUAAUUACUUCAGCGAGCUGAAUGCUGAUUUACAUGCCCUCGAACAUUGCACGUGUUCACUAGUAGCCGAGCCCACUAUUUGUUAUCACUAUUUUUAUAUUCUGGUUCGUUGGUGGUACUUUAUUACAUACAUACCCAUAUAUACUUGUGUACAAUAAAAGCAACACAGACCUGCGAUAAUCA